CGGCGUCUGAGCGAAUCUUCAUUAUUGUCUGCCUUAAAUACACCUAAAUAUAUAUGUAUAUAUAUGUUCACAUUGAAUACUUGCUUUUUAUUUUUGUAGAUAUAAAGUGAAGAAAUUAAUAAGUUGUCGAGAAGAGAUAAAAUAUCCGUCUAUCAUAUAUAUAUAUAUGGAGUUUACUACUGAGCAUAGAAAAACUGUGCGUGUCCGCCAGUGGAUGUAUCUGGGAUUGAUGCUAGCCGCUCCUCUGCCACACAUUGGAGUCACAUCGUAUCGGUUGGCUAAAACUGAUCAUGGCAAAGCUUUGGUGAUCGGCGUCGGCAUCCUGGGUACCACCGCCCUGUCCUUAGGAAUGCGGGGCUACCUGAUGUAUCACGCGGGCUACGCAGGUGGCUCGGGAAUGAACAAUCUGUCCGAGGAUCAGGUGAGGAAACGCAUGGCAACAGUCUCCACUGAAGAAGGUAGCCAGAUUGAAAAUCCCUCUGCGAAUGCAGUAUUGAAAGAAGCUCUCAAGGGCUUUGGGUAGCUCUACAGCCAUGUAGGGGUGUAACAUAAGAUGGUAGCUACCAGCUACGAGCUUUGUCACCCUGAUACGGGAGAGUCGAGUAGAAUAUAAGAUGAUUCGUGUGUGUUUGAAGUAAUGAACCGCACAUGAAUUUAUACCUAGUUGAAGCUAAUUAGUGUAUUCUAGUAGAAUACGGGCUCUCUAUCAGGCAGAAUUCUGCUAGACCACCUGCGAGCCUAUCAGCUCCAAAUUUGAAUACAAGGGAGACGCGGCUGAGAAAGGAAGAGAGAAAGCUCGAAAAUGACAUCAGAUUUCUC